AUGAAUGAUACUGUCAACCAGAAGGACUCCUCUUCAUUACCAUUUGCCUGUCUUCUACCAACUCACUUUCUAAUCACAGGAAUGCCCACAAGAAGCCCAGAAAUGGCUACAACACCUCCAGAUAUCCCUUUGGAGAGCAUAAUCAGCCCAACUACCUCACAACUGCCAUCCACUCUAGGGCACACUGUAAGCAGGGUCACACCUACUGCAUUGGUAAGUAGCUCUAGAGUAAUUUUAUCAGGGAAGCCAUAUCUUGCCAGCAAAAAAUCAGAGAAGAGUUCUUUCCAGCUUCCUGCCACAACUUUUGCAGAGGCAGAAGAUGUGUCCAGACCAGAAGAAAAAACUCUUGAUGAGAUUUUUUACACAGCAAGAACUCCAGACCCAGCUUACCAGAGGAAAAGGCUAAGGACUCCUACAAGUGAGGGAACAGAAACAUCUGAUUCCUGGAUGGAAAAAGAAAGCUCAACUUCAAGCACAUAUAUUAACACUAAGAUUAUAAAUGUCUCUUCUGACUCAGGAAGAACUUUCAAGGAGAUUGACUCUGCAGGCUUAUCAAGGUCUACAGUUCUAUUGACCAUGAGCUUGGGAUCUGGGACAAAUUCAUCUCCAAGUAGGACAAAUAGGACAUCUGGGAAAAUACCACAUUCGCAGCCCACCACAGACAUAGAGAUAGUUCACCCUUCUACACACACAGUACGUACAAGAGUAUGGAUCACAAGUCCAAAAUAUAAUCCCCAUUUCACAAUCCCACCCGAAUCAGGAGCACCCCAAGAUAUAUAUCUAAUGGAUACUGCCUCUAUCAUUGAGAAAACAAAUCUAUCCAGAUCAACAACCACUUGGCCAUAUUCCAAAAAUAGAACACAGCGUGAUUAUUCCCUAACGAUUACAUUAAGAGGGUCCAAUAAUUACAUGCUCAGCAACUCAACCACAGAGGCAAACAUAAUACCUUCUACAAGUGUUAUUACUAUUACAAAAGAGUUAAGCACAGAAGCCACAAAAUUGGACCAAAUAUUCACUAAAGACAAAACUCAAACCACAAGAACCUCAGACACAAAAAAGAUCUCUAAUCUCCCUUCCACAUUAGAAACAGAAAGUAAAACUACCAUUAAAAAAAUAACUUAUUCAGGGACUAAAUCACUCACCAUAUUUUCUAUGGAAAAAUCAUCAACACCACUCAUAGGCAUGAAGAAAAGAUUGACAAACACAGACGAGAACAAACUCAUCAUGAGGGAAACCAGAGUUACCGCACCAGUGCCUGGCUCUUCCGAAACCACAUGGUCUGCAACAGAGUCAGUAUCCUCCACGAGGCCCGGCGUGAGGGAGAUCAGCCCCUCCCAGCCCAUGAGCUCAGUUUUGGAGACAACGCUAAUGUCUUCCCAAGUACCCACUGACGCUGUUACCGAUGUCGGUAGGACGGAAGUCGUGCCCUCCAGCGGGAUAUUCUACUCUGGCCCGCCGCCCUCCACUGGGACACCAGUCAUCUCCACUGUUAUGCCCGGGCUCUCCACCUCCACUGGCAUGACAGAAGCUGAAGAAGGAAUGUUCACCACACCAACAGGUCAACCCGGGGCUACGUCGCAAGGCACAACUCCCUUGGAAACGUGGACCACCGCCUCCAGCCCAGGAACUCACGGGGCUGCGACUCAAGGUUUCACACACUCACAGGUGACAACUCAUGGGAGCAAAGGACCCGAGGAUGUGUCAAGGACAAGUCCUCCCUUUGUGGAGACAAGCAGCUCUCCUUCCCUGGAAUCGGCCCCUAGCACAGUCUCCCCUUCCAGUGUUUCUUCUCCUAUAAGACCUGAGAGUGGUUCCUCCCCUCCUCCUCUGGUCACCUCCGCUUGGACCUCUGGCCUGCUGCUGGGCACUGGCGCCUUGGCCACCAGCGUGGAUCCCGGAACCCAUUCCACUCCACAUUUGAGCGAGAGCACAGAGCAGAGCCUGGACUCCUGGGCCCCCUCCACAGGUACAGAGGCAGUUCACCUCUCCAGACACACAGCUGAGACCAGUGUGGGGACCAACAGUUUUGGACAGGAGACACAUUCCUCUGCGCCAGGUGAGUCAGGGCCUCCCGAAGUGACUUCUCCAGUGGUUACCCCUUCCAUCACGAAGGAAACCAGAGUUUCCGCACCAGUGCCUGGCUCUUCUGAAACCACUUGGUCUGCGACAGAGUCGGCAUCCUCCACGAGCCACGGCCUGGGGGAGACCAGCCCCUCCCAGCGUUUGAGCUCAUCCGCGGAGACAGUGCCCGUCUCUUCCCAAGUGCCCACUGACGCUGUUACUGAGGUCGCCAGGACAGAAGGCGUGUCCUCCAGAGGGACAUUCUCCUCUGGCCCGCCGCCCUCCACCUGGACACCAGACAUCUCCACAGGAAUGCCCGGGCUCUCCACCUCCCCAAGCAUGACAGAAGCUAUAGAAGGGACCCUCACCACGCCAGCAGGUCAGCCCGAGGCUACUUCGCAGGGCACAACUCCCUUGGACACAUGGACCACCGCCUCCAGCCCAGGCACUCAAGGUUUCACACACUCACAGGUGACAACUCAUGGGAGCAAAGGACCCGAGGAUGUGUCAAGGACAAGUCCUCCCUUUGUGGAGACAAGCAGCUCUCCUUCCCUGGAAUCGGCUCCUAGCACAGUCUCCCCUUCCAGUGUUUCUUCUCCUACAAGACCUGAGAGCGGUUCCUCCCCUCCUCCUCUGGUCACCUCCGCUUGGACCUCUGGCCUGCUACCGGCCACUGACGCCUUGGGCACCAGCGUGGAUCCCGGAACCCAUUCCACUCCACAUUUGAGCGAGAGCACAGAGCAGAGCCUGGACUCCUGGGCCCCCUCCACAGGUACAGAGGCAGUUCACCUCUCCGGCCACACAGCUGAGACCAGUGUGGGGACCACCAGUUUUGGACAGGAGACACAUUCCUCUGCGCCAGGUGAGUCAGGGCCUCCCGAAGUGACUUCUCCAGUGGUUACCCCUUCCAUCACGAAGGAAACCAGAGUUUCCGCACCAGUGCCUGGCUCUUCUGAAACCACUUGGUCUGCGACAGAGUCGGCAUCCUCCACGAGCCACGGCCUGGGGGAGACCAGCCCCUCGCAACCCUUGAGCUCAUCCGCGGAGACAGUGCCCGUCUCUUCCCAAGUGCCCACUGACGCUGUUACUGAGGUCGCCAGGACAGAAGGCGUGUCCUCCAGAGGGACAUUCUUCUCUGGCCCGCCGCCCUCCACCUGGACACCAGACAUCUCCACAGGAAUGCCCGGGCUCUCCACCUCCCCAAGCAUGACAGAAGCUAUAGAAGGGACCCUCACCACGCCAGCAGGUCAGCCCGAGGCUACUUCGCAGGGCACAACUCCCUUGGACACAUGGACCACCGCCUCCAGCCCAGGCACUCAAGGUUUCACACACUCACAGGUGACAACUCAUGGGAGCAAAGGACCCGAGGAUGUGUCAAGGACAAGUCCUCCCUUUGUGGAGACAAGCAGCUCUCCUUCCCUGGAAUCGGCUCCUAGCACAGUCUCCCCUUCCAGUGUUUCUUCUCCUACAAGACCUGAGAGCGGUUCCUCCCCUCCUCCUCUGGUCACCUCCGCUUGGACCUCUGGCCUGCUUCAGGCCACUGACGCCUUGGGCACCAGCGUGGAUCCCGGAACCCAUUCCACUCCACAUUUGAGCGAGAGCACAGCGCAGAGCCUGGACUCCACAGGUACAGAGGCAGUUCACCUCUCCACACACACAGCUGAGACCAGUGUGGGGACCACCAGUUUUGGACAGGAGACACAUUCCUCUGCGCCAGGUGAGUCAGGGCCUCCCGAAGUGACUUCUCCCGUGGUUACCCCUUCCAUCACGAAGGAAACCAGAGUUUCCGCACCAGUGCCUGGCUCUUCUGAAACCACUUGGUCUGCGACAGAGUCGGCAUCCUCCAAGAUCCAGGGCCUGGCGGAGACCAGCCCCUCCCAGCGUUUGAGCUCAUCCGCGGAGACAGUGCCCGUCUCUUCCCAAGUGCCCACUGACGCUGUUACUGAGGUCGCCAGGACAGAAGGCGUGUCCUCCAGAGGGACAUUCUCCUCUGGCCCGCCGCCCUCCACCGGGACACCAGACAUCUCCACAGGAAUGCCCGGGCUCUCCACCUCCCCAAGCAUGACAGAAGCUAUAGAAGGGACCCUCACCACGCCAGCAGGUCAGCCCGAGGCUACUUCGCAGGGCACAACUCCCUUGGACACAUGGACCACCGCCUCCAGCCCAGGCACUCAAGGUUUCACACACUCACAGGUGACAACUCAUGGGAGCAAAGGACCCGAGGAUGUGUCAAGGACAAGUCCUCCCUUUGUGGAGACAAGCAGCUCUCCUUCCCUGGAAUCGGCUCCUAGCACAGUCUCCCCUUCCAGUGUUUCUUCUCCUAUAAGACCUGAGAGCGGUUCCUCCCCUCCUCCUCUGGUCACCUCCGCUUGGACCUCUGGCCUGCUGCAGGCCACUGACGCCUUGGGCACCAGCGUGGAUCCCGGAACCCAUUCCACUCCACAUUUGAGCGAGAGCACAGAGCAGAGCCUGGACUCCUGGGCCCCCUCCACAGGUACAGAGGCAGUUCACCUCUCCACACACACAGCUGAGACCAGUGUGGGGACCACCAGUUUUGGACAGGAGACACAUUCCUCUGCGCCAGGUGAGUCAGGGCCUCCCGAUGUGACUUCUCCCGUGGUUACCCCUUCCAUCACGAAGGAAACCAGAGUUUCCGCACCAGUGCCUGGCUCUUCUGAAACCACUUGGUCUGCGACAGAGUCGGCAUCCUCCACGAGCCACGGCCUGGGUGAGACCAGCCCCUCGCAACCCUUGAGCUCAUCCGCGGAGACAGUGCCCGUCUCUUCCCAAGUGCCCACUGACGCUGUUACUGAGGUCGCCAGGACAGAAGGCGUGUCCUCCAGAGGGACAUUCUCCUCUGGCCCGCCGCCCUCCACCGGGACACAGGACAUCUCCACAGGAAUGCCCGGGCUCUCCACCUCCCCAAGCAUGACAGAAGCUAUAGAAGGGACCCUCACCACGCCAGCAGGUCAGCCCGAGGCUACUUCGCAGGGCACAACUCCCUUGGACACAUGGACCACCGCCUCCAGCCCAGGCACUCAAGGUUUCACACACUCACAGGUGACAACUCAUGGGAGCAAAGGACCCGAGGAUGUGUCAAGGACAAGUCCUCCCUUUGUGGAGACAAGCAGCUCUCCUUCCCUGGAAUCGGCUCCUAGCACAGUCUCCCCUUCCAGUGUUUCUUCUCCUACAAGACCUGAGAGCGGUUCCUCCCCUCCUCCUCUGGUCACCUCCGCUUGGACCUCUGGCCUGCUUCAGGCCACUGACGCCUUGGGCACCAGCGUGGAUCCCGGAACCCAUUCCACUCCACAUUUGAGCGAGAGCACAGAGCAGAGCCUGGACUCCUGGGCCCCCUCCACAGGUGCAGAGGCAGUUCACCUCUCCACACACACAGCUGAGACCAGUGUGGGGACCACCAGUUUUGGACAGGAGACACAUUCCUCUGCGCCAGGUGAGUCAGGGCCUCCCGAAGUGACUUCUCCCGUGGUUACCCCUUCCAUCACGAAGGAAACCAGAGUUUCCGCACCAGUGCCUGGCUCUUCUGAAACCACUUGGUCUGCGACAGAGUCGGCAUCCUCCACGAGCCACGGCCUGGGUGAGACCAGCCCCUCGCAACCCUUGAGCUCAUCCGCGGAGACAGUGCCCGUCUCUUCCCAAGUGCCCACUGACGCUGUUACUGAGGUCGCCAGGACAGAAGGCGUGUCCUCCAGAGGGACAUUCUCCUCUGGCCCGCCGCCCUCCACCGGGACACAGGACAUCUCCACAGGAAUGCCCGGGCUCUCCACCUCCCCAAGCAUGACAGAAGCUAAAGAAGGGACCCUCACCACGCCAGCAGGUCAGCCCGAGGCUACUUCGCAGGGCACAACUCCCUUGGACACAUGGACCACCGCCUCCAGCCCAGGCACUCAAGGUUUCACACACUCACAGGUGACAACUCAUGGGAGCAAAGGACCCGAGGAUGUGUCAAGGACAAGUCCUCCCUUUGUGGACACAAGCAGCUCUCCUUCCCUGGAAUCGGCUCCUAGCACAGUCUCCCCUUCCAGUGUUUCUUCUCCUACAAGACCUGAGAGCGGUUCCUCCCCUCCUCCUCUGGUCACCUCCGCUUGGACCUCUGGCCUGCUUCAGGCCACUGACGCCUUGGGCACCAGCGUGGAUCCCGGAACCCAUUCCACUCCACAUUUGAGCGAGAGCACAGAGCAGAGCCUGGACUCCUGGGCCCCCUCCACAGGUACAGAGGCAGUUCACCUCUCCACACACACAGCUGAGACCAGUGUGGGGACCACCAGUUUUGGAGAGGAGACACAUUCCUCUGCGCCAGGUGAGUCAGGGCCUCCCGAAGUGACUUCUCCCGUGGUUACCCCUUCCAUCACGAAGGAAACCAGAGUUUCCGCACCAGUGCCUGGCUCUUCUGAAACCACUUGGUCUGCGACAGAGUCGGCAUCCUCCACGAGCCACGGCCUGGGUGAGACCAGCCCCUCGCAACCCUUGAGCUCAUCCGCGGAGACAGUGCCCGUCUCUUCCCAAGUGCCCACUGACGCUGUUACUGAGGUCGCCAGGACAGAAGGCGUGUCCUCCAGAGGGACAUUCUCCUCUGGCCCGCCGCCCUCCACCGGGACACAGGACAUCUCCACAGGAAUGCCCGGGCUCUCCACCUCCCCAAGCAUGACAGAAGCUAUAGAAGGGACCCUCACCAUGCCAGCAGGUCAGCCCGAGGCUACUUCGCAGGGCACAACUCCCUUGGACACAUGGACCACCGCCUCCAGCCCAGGCACUCAAGGUUUCACACACUCACAGGUGACAACUCAUGGGAGCAAAGGACCCGAGGAUGUGUCAAGGACAAGUCCUCCCUUUGUGGAGACAAGCAGCUCUCCUUCCCUGGAAUCGGCUCCUAGCACAGUCUCCCCUUCCAGUGUUUCUUCUCCUACAAGACCUGAGAGCGGUUCCUCCCCUCCUCCUCUGGUCACCUCCGCUUGGACCUCUGGCCUGCUUCAGGCCACUGACGCCUUGGGCACCAGCGUGGAUCCCGGAACCCAUUCCACUCCACAUUUGAGCGAGAGCACAGAGCAGAGCCUGGACUCCUGGGCCCCCUCCACAGGUACAGAGGCAGUUCACCUCUCCACACACACAGCUGAGACCAGUGUGGGGACCACCAGUUUUGGACAGGAGACACAUUCCUCUGCGCCAGGACAGAAGGCGUGUCCUCCAGAGGGACAUUCUCCUCUGGCCCGCCGCCCUCCACCUGGGACACCAGACAUCUCCACAGGAAUGCCGGGGCUCUCCACCUCCCCAAGCAUGACAGAAGCUAAAGAAGGGACCCUCACCACGCCAGCAGGUCAGCCCGAGGCUACUUCGCAGGGCACAACUCCCUUGGACACAUGGACCACCGCCUCCAGCCCAGGCACUCAAGGUUUCACACACUCACAGGUGACAACUCAUGGGAGCAAAGGACCCGAGGAUGUGUCAAGGACAAGUCCUCCCUUUGUGGAGACAAGCAGCUCUCCUUCCCUGGAAUCGGCUCCUAGCACAGUCUCCCCUUCCAGUGUUUCUUCUCCUACAAGACCUGAGAGCGGUUCCUCCCCUCCUCCUCUGGUCACCUCCGCUUGGACCUCUGGCCUGCUUCAGGCCACUGACGCCUUGGGCACCAGCGUGGAUCCCGGAACCCAUUCCACUCCACAUUUGAGCGAGAGCACAGAGCAGAGCCUGGACUCCUGGGCCCCCUCCACAGGUACAGAGGCAGUUCACCUCUCCACACACACAGCUGAGACCAGUGUGGGGACCACCAGUUUUGGACAGGAGACACAUUCCUCUGCGCCAGGUGAGUCAGGGCCUCCCGAAGUGACUUCUCCAGUGGUUACCCCUUCCAUCACGAAGGAAACCAGAGUUUCCGCACCAGUGCCUGGCUCUUCUGAAACCACUUGGUCUGCGACAGAGUCGGCAUCCUCCACGAGCCACGGCCUGGGGGAGACCAGCCCCUCCCAGCGUUUGAGCUCAUCCGCGGAGACAGUGCCCGUCUCUUCCCAAGUGCCCACUGACGCUGUUACUGAGGUCGCCAGGACAGAAGGCGUGUCCUCCAGAGGGACAUUCUCCUCUGGCCCGCCGCCCUCCACCGGGACACCAGACAUCUCCACAGGAAUGCCCGGGCUCUCCACCUCCCCAAGCAUGACAGAAGCUAAAGAAGGGACCCUCACCACGCCAGCAGGUCAGCCCGAGGCUACUUCGCAGGGCACAACUCCCUUGGACACAUGGACCACCGCCUCCAGCCCAGGCACUCAAGGUUUCACACACUCACAGGUGACAACUCAUGGGAGCAAAGGACCCGAGGAUGUGUCAAGGACAAGUCCUCCCUUUGUGGACACAAGCAGCUCUCCUUCCCUGGAAUCGGCUCCUAGCACAGUCUCCCCUUCCAGUGUUUCUUCUCCUACAAGACAUGAGAGCGGUUCCUCCCCUCCUCCUCUGGUCACCUCCGCUUGGACCUCUGGCCUGCUUCAGGCCACUGACGCCUUGGGCACCAGCGUGGAUCCCGGAACCCAUUCCACUCCACAUUUGAGCGAGAGCACAGAGCAGAGCCUGGACUCCUGGGCCCCCUCCACAGGUACAGAGGCAGUUCACCUCUCCACACACACAGCUGAGACCAGUGUGGGGACCACCAGUUUUGGACAGGAGACACAUUCCUCUGCGCCAGGUGAGUCAGGGCCUCCCGAAGUGACUUCUCCCGUGGUUACCCCUUCCAUCACGAAGGAAACCAGAGUUUCCGCACCAGUGCCUGGCUCUUCUGAAACCACUUGGUCUGCGACAGAGUCGGCAUCCUCCACGAGCCACGGCCUGGGUGAGACCAGCCCCUCGCAACCCUUGAGCUCAUCCGCGGAGACAGUGCCCGUCUCUUCCCAAGUGCCCACUGACGCUGUUACUGAGGUCGCCAGGACAGAAGGCGUGUCCUCCAGAGGGACAUUCUCCUCUGGCCCGCCGCCCUCCACCGGGACACAGGACAUCUCCACAGGAAUGCCCGGGCUCUCCACCUCCCCAAGCAUGACAGAAGCUAUAGAAGGGACCCUCACCAUGCCAGCAGGUCAGCCCGAGGCUACUUCGCAGGGCACAACUCCCUUGGACACAUGGACCACCGCCUCCAGCCCAGGCACUCAAGGUUUCACACACUCACAGGUGACAACUCAUGGGAGCAAAGGACCCGAGGAUGUGUCAAGGACAAGUCCUCCCUUUGUGGAGACAAGCAGCUCUCCUUCCCUGGAAUCGGCUCCUAGCACAGUCUCCCCUUCCAGUGUUUCUUCUCCUACAAGACCUGAGAGCGGUUCCUCCCCUCCUCCUCUGGUCACCUCCGCUUGGACCUCUGGCCUGCUUCAGGCCACUGACGCCUUGGGCACCAGCGUGGAUCCCGGAACCCAUUCCACUCCACAUUUGAGCGAGAGCACAGAGCAGAGCCUGGACUCCUGGGCCCCCUCCACAGGUACAGAGGCAGUUCACCUCUCCACACACACAGCUGAGACCAGUGUGGGGACCACCAGUUUUGGACAGGAGACACAUUCCUCUGCGCCAGGUGAGUCAGGGCCUCCCGAAGUGACUUCUCCCGUGGUUACCCCUUCCAUCACGAAGGAAACCAGAGUUUCCGCACCAGUGCCUGGCUCUUCUGAAACCACUUGGUCUGCGACAGAGUCGGCAUCCUCCACGAGCCACGGCCUGGGUGAGACCAGCCCCUCGCAACCCUUGAGCUCAUCCGCGGAGACAGUGCCCGUCUCUUCCCAAGUGCCCACUGACGCUGUUACUGAGGUCGCCAGGACAGAAGGCGUGUCAACCAGAGGGACAUUCUCCUCUGGCCCGCCGCCCUCCACCGGGACACAGGACAUCUCCACAGGAAUGCCCGGGCUCUCCACCUCCCCAAGCAUGACAGAAGCUAAAGAAGGGACCCUCACCACGCCAGCAGGUCAGCCCGAGGCUACUUCGCAGGGCACAACUCCCUUGGACACAUGGACCACCGCCUCCAGCCCAGGCACUCAAGGUUUCACACACUCACAGGUGACAACUCAUGGGAGCAAAGGACCCGAGGAUGUGUCAAGGACAAGUCCUCACUUUGUGGACACAAGCAGCUCUCCUUCCCUGGAAUCGGCUCCUAGCACAGUCUCCCCUUCCAGUGUUUCUUCUCCUACAAGACCUGAGAGCGGUUCCUCCCCUCCUCCUCUGGUCACCUCCGCUUGGACCUCUGGCCUGCUUCAGGCCACUGACGCCUUGGGCACCAGCGUGGAUCCCGGAACCCAUUCCACUCCACAUUUGAGCGAGAGCACAGAGCAGAGCCUGGACUCCUGGGCCCCCUCCACAGGUACAGAGGCAGUUCACCUCUCCACACACACAGCUGAGACCAGUGUGGGGACCACCAGUUUUGGACAGGAGACACAUUCCUCUGCGCCAGGUGAGUCAGGGCCUCCCGAAGUGACUUCUCCCGUGGUUACCCCUUCCAUCACGAAGGAAACCAGAGUUUCCGCACCAGUGCCUGGCUCUUCUGAAACCACUUGGUCUGCGACAGAGUCGGCAUCCUCCACGAGCCACGGCCUGGGUGAGACCAGCCCCUCGCAACCCUUGAGCUCAUCCGCGGAGACAGUGCCCGUCUCUUCCCAAGUGCCCACUGACGCUGUUACUGAGGUCGCCAGGACAGAAGGCGUGUCCUCCAGAGGGACAUUCUCCUCUGGCCCGCCGCCCUCCACCGGGACACAGGACAUCUCCACAGGAAUGCCCGGGCUCUCCACCUCCCCAAGCAUGACAGAAGCUAUAGAAGGGACCCUCACCACGCCAGCAGGUCAGCCCGAGGCUACUUCGCAGGGCACAACUCCCUUGGACACAUGGACCACCGCCUCCAGCCCAGGCACUCAAGGUUUCACACACUCACAGGUGACAACUCAUGGGAGCAAAGGACCCGAGGAUGUGUCAAGGACAAGUCCUCCCUUUGUGGACACAAGCAGCUCUCCUUCCCUGGAAUCGGCUCCUAGCACAGUCUCCCCUUCCAGUGUUUCUUCUCCUAUAAGACCUGAGAGCGGUUCCUCCCCUCCUCCUCUGGUCACCUCCGCUUGGACCUCUGGCCUGCUGCAGGCCACUGACGCCUUGGGCACCAGCGUGGAUCCCGGAACCCAUUCCACUCCACAUUUGAGCGAGAGCACAGCGCAGAGCCUGGACUCCUGGGCCCCCUCCACAGGUACAGAGGCAGUUCACCCCUCAGGCCACACAGCUGAGACCAGUGUGGGGACCACCAGUUUUGGACAGGAGACACAUUCCUCUGCGCCAGGUGAGUCAGGGCCUCCCGAAGUGACUUCUCCAGUGGUUACCCCUUCCAUCACGAAGGAAACCAGAGUUUCCGCACCAGUGCCUGGCUCUUCUGAAACCACUUGGUCUGCGACAGAGUCGGCAUCCUCCACGAGCCACGGCCUGGGGGAGACCAGCCCCUCCCAGCGUUUGAGCUCAUCCGCGGAGACAGUGCCCGUCUCUUCCCAAGUGCCCACUGACGCUGUUACUGAGGUCGCCAGGACAGAAGGCGUGUCCUCCAGAGGGACAUUCUCCUCUGGCCCGCCGCCCUCCACCGGGACACAGGACAUCUCCACAGGAAUGCCCGGGCUCUCCACCUCCCCAAGCAUGACAGAAGCUAUAGAAGGGACCCUCACCACGCCAGCAGGUCAGCCCGAGGCUACUUCGCAGGGCACAACUCCCUUGGACACAUGGACCACCGCCUCCAGCCCAGGCACUCAAGGUUUCACACACUCACAGGUGACAACUCAUGGGAGCAAAGGACCCGAGGAUGUGUCAAGGACAAGUCCUCCCUUUGUGGAGACAAGCAGCUCUCCUUCCCUGGAAUCGGCUCCUAGCACAGUCUCCCCUUCCAGUGUUUCUUCUCCUAUAAGACCUGAGAGCGGUUCCUCCCCUCCUCCUCUGGUCACCUCCGCUUGGACCUCUGGCCUGCUUCAGGCCACUGACGCCUUGGGCACCAGCGUGGAUCCCGGAACCCAUUCCACUCCACAUUUGAGCGAGAGCACAGAGCAGAGCCUGGACUCCUGGGCCCCCUCCACAGGUGCAGAGGCAGUUCACCUCUCCACACACACAGCUGAGACCAGUGUGGGGACCACCAGUUUUGGACAGGAGACACAUUCCUCUGCGCCAGGUGAGUCAGGGCCUCCCGAAGUGACUUCUCCCGUGGUUACCCCUUCCAUCACGAAGGAAACCAGAGUUUCCGCACCAGUGCCUGGCUCUUCUGAAACCACUUGGUCUGCGACAGAGUCGGCAUCCUCCACGAGCCACGGCCUGGGUGAGACCAGCCCCUCGCAACCCUUGAGCUCAUCCGCGGAGACAGUGCCCGUCUCUUCCCAAGUGCCCACUGACGCUGUUACUGAGGUCGCCAGGACAGAAGGCGUGUCCUCCAGAGGGACAUUCUCCUCUGGCCCGCCGCCCUCCACCGGGACACAGGACAUCUCCACAGGAAUGCCCGGGCUCUCCACCUCCCCAAGCAUGACAGAAGCUAUAGAAGGGACCCUCACCACGCCAGCAGGUCAGCCCGAGGCUACUUCGCAGGGCACAACUCCCUUGGACACAUGGACCACCGCCUCCAGCCCAGGCACUCAAGGUUUCACACACUCACAGGUGACAACUCAUGGGAGCAAAGGACCCGAGGAUGUGUCAAGGACAAGUCCUCCCUUUGUGGACACAAGCAGCUCUCCUUCCCUGGAAUCGGCUCCUAGCACAGUCUCCCCUUCCAGUGUUUCUUCUCCUACAAGACCUGAGAGCGGUUCCUCCCCUCCUCCUCUGGUCACCUCCGCUUGGACCUCUGGCCUGCUUCAGGCCACUGACGCCUUGGGCACCAGCGUGGAUCCCGGAACCCAUUCCACUCCACAUUUGAGCGAGAGCACAGAGCAGAGCCUGGACUCCUGGGCCCCCUCCACAGGUGCAGAGGCAGUUCACCUCUCCACACACACAGCUGAGACCAGUGUGGGGACCACCAGUUUUGGACAGGAGACACAUUCCUCUGCGCCAGGUGAGUCAGGGCCUCCCGAAGUGACUUCUCCCGUGGUUACCCCUUCCAUCACGAAGGAAACCAGAGUUUCCGCACCAGUGCCUGGCUCUUCUGAAACCACUUGGUCUGCGACAGAGUCGGCAUCCUCCACGAGCCACGGCCUGGGUGAGACCAGCCCCUCGCAACCCUUGAGCUCAUCCGCGGAGACAGUGCCCGUCUCUUCCCAAGUGCCCACUGACGCUGUUACUGAGGUCGCCAGGACAGAAGGCGUGUCCUCCAGAGGGACAUUCUCCUCUGGCCCGCCGCCCUCCACCGGGACACAGGACAUCUCCACAGGAAUGCCCGGGCUCUCCACCUCCCCAAGCAUGACAGAAGCUAUAGAAGGGACCCUCACCACGCCAGCAGGUCAGCCCGAGGCUACUUCGCAGGGCACAACUCCCUUGGACACAUGGACCACCGCCUCCAGCCCAGGCACUCAAGGUUUCACACACUCACAGGUGACAACUCAUGGGAGCAAAGGACCCGAGGAUGUGUCAAGGACAAGUCCUCCCUUUGUGGACACAAGCAGCUCUCCUUCCCUGGAAUCGGCUCCUAGCACAGUCUCCCCUUCCAGUGUUUCUUCUCCUACAAGACCUGAGAGCGGUUCCUCCCCUCCUCCUCUGGUCACCUCCGCUUGGACCUCUGGCCUGCUUCAGGCCACUGACGCCUUGGGCACCAGCGUGGAUCCCGGAACCCAUUCCACUCCACAUUUGAGCGAGAGCACAGAGCAGAGCCUGGACUCCUGGGCCCCCUCCACAGGUACAGAGGCAGUUCACCUCUCCACACACACAGCUGAGACCAGUGUGGGGACCACCAGUUUUGGAGAGGAGACACAUUCCUCUGCGCCAGGUGAGUCAGGGCCUCCCGAAGUGACUUCUCCCGUGGUUACCCCUUCCAUCACGAAGGAAACCAGAGUUUCCGCACCAGUGCCUGGCUCUUCUGAAACCACUUGGUCUGCGACAGAGUCGGCAUCCUCCACGAGCCACGGCCUGGGUGAGACCAGCCCCUCGCAACCCUUGAGCUCAUCCGCGGAGACAGUGCCCGUCUCUUCCCAAGUGCCCACUGACGCUGUUACUGAGGUCGCCAGGACAGAAGGCGUGUCCUCCAGAGGGACAUUCUCCUCUGGCCCGCCGCCCUCCACCGGGACACAGGACAUCUCCACAGGAAUGCCCGGGCUCUCCACCUCCCCAAGCAUGACAGAAGCUAAAGAAGGGACCCUCACCACGCCAGCAGGUCAGCCCGAGGCUACUUCGCAGGGCACAACUCCCUUGGACACAUGGACCACCGCCUCCAGCCCAGGCACUCAAGGUUUCACACACUCACAGGUGACAACUCAUGGGAGCAAAGGACCCGAGGAUGUGUCAAGGACAAGUCCUCCCUUUGUGGAGACAAGCAGCUCUCCUUCCCUGGAAUCGGCUCCUAGCACAGUCUCCCCUUCCAGUGUUUCUUCUCCUACAAGACCUGAGAGCGGUUCCUCCCCUCCUCCUCUGGUCACCUCCGCUUGGACCUCUGGCCUGCUUCAGGCCACUGACGCCUUGGGCACCAGCGUGGAUCCCGGAACCCAUUCCACUCCACAUUUGAGCGAGAGCACAGAGCAGAGCCUGGACUCCUGGGCCCCCUCCACAGGUACAGAGGCAGUUCACCUCUCCAGACACACAGCUGAGACCAGUGUGGGGACCACCAGUUUUGGACAGGAGACACAUUCCUCUGCGCCAGGUGAGUCAGGGCCUCCCGAAGUGACUUCUCCAGUGGUUACCCCUUCCAUCACGAAGGAAACCAGAGUUUCCGCACCAGUGCCUGGCUCUUCUGAAACCACUUGGUCUGCGACAGAGUCGGCAUCCUCCACGAGCCACGGCCUGGGUGAGACCAGCCCCUCGCAUCCCUUGAGCUCAUCCGCGGAGACAGUGCCCGUCUCUUCCCAAGUGCCCACUGACGCUGUUACUGAGGUCGCCAGGACAGAAGGCGUGUCCUCCAGAGGGACAUUCUCCUCUGGCCCGCCGCCCUCCACCGGGACACCGGACAUCUCCACAGGAAUGCCCGGGCUCUCCACCUCCCCAAGCAUGACAGAAGCUAAAGAAGGGACCCUCACCACGCCAGCAGGUCAGCCCGAGGCUACUUCGCAGGGCACAACUCCCUUGGACACAUGGACCACCGCCUCCAGCCCAGGCACUCAAGGUUUCACACACUCACAGGUGACAACUCAUGGGAGCAAAGGACCCGAGGAUGUGUCAAGGACAAGUCCUCCCUUUGUGGAGACAAGCAGCUCUCCUUCCCUGGAAUCGGCUCCUAGCACAGUCUCCCCUUCCAGUGUUUCUUCUCCUACAAGACCUGAGAGCGGUUCCUCCCCUCCUCCUCUGGUCACCUCCGCUUGGACCUCUGGCCUGCUUCAGGCCACUGACGCCUUGGGCACCAGCGUGGAUCCCGGAGCCCAUUCCACUCCACAUUUGAGCGAGAGCACAGAGCAGAGCCUGGACUCCUGGGCCCCCUCCACAGGUACAGAGGCAGUUCACCUCUCCACACACACAGCUGAGACCAGUGUGGGGACCACCAGUUUUGGACAGGAGACACAUUCCUCUGCGCCAGGUGAGUCAGGGCCUCCCGAAGUGACUUCUCCCGUGGUUACCCCUUCCAUCACGAAGGAAACCAGAGUUUCCGCACCAGUGCCUGGCUCUUCUGAAACCACUUGGUCUGCGACAGAGUCGGCAUCCUCCACGAGCCACGGCCUGGGUGAGACCAGCCCCUCGCAACCCUUGAGCUCAUCCGCGGAGACAGUGCCCGUCUCUUCCCAAGUGCCCACUGACGCUGUUACUGAGGUCGCCAGGACAGAAGGCGUGUCCUCCAGAGGGACAUUCUCCUCUGGCCCGCCGCCCUCCACCGGGACACAGGACAUCUCCACAGGAAUGCCCGGGCUCUCCACCUCCCCAAGCAUGACAGAAGCUAUAGAAGGGACCCUCACCACGCCAGCAGGUCAGCCCGAGGCUACUUCGCAGGGCACAACUCCCUUGGACACAUGGACCACCGCCUCCAGCCCAGGCACUCAAGGUUUCACACACUCACAGGUGACAACUCAUGGGAGCAAAGGACCCGAGGAUGUGUCAAGGACAAGUCCUCCCUUUGUGGAGACAAGCAGCUCUCCUUCCCUGGAAUCGGCUCCUAGCACAGUCUCCCCUUCCAGUGUUUCUUCUCCUACAAGACCUGAGAGCGGUUCCUCCCCUCCUCCUCUGGUCACCUCCGCUUGGACCUCUGGCCUGCUUCAGGCCACUGACGCCUUGGGCACCAGCGUGGAUCCCGGAACCCAUUCCACUCCACAUUUGAGCGAGAGCACAGAGCAGAGCCUGGACUCCUGGGCCCCCUCCACAGGUACAGAGGCAGUUCACCUCUCCACACACACAGCUGAGACCAGUGUGGGGACCACCAGUUUUGGACAGGAGACACAUUCCUCUGCGCCAGGUGAGUCAGGGCCUCCCGAAGUGACUUCUCCCGUGGUUACCCCUUCCAUCACGAAGGAAACCAGAGUUUCCGCACCAGUGCCUGGCUCUUCUGAAACCACUUGGUCUGCGACAGAGUCGGCAUCCUCCACGAGCCACGGCCUGGGUGAGACCAGCCCCUCGCAACCCUUGAGCUCAUCCGCGGAGACAGUGCCCGUCUCUUCCCAAGUGCCCACUGACGCUGUUACUGAGGUCGCCAGGACAGAAGGCGUGUCCUCCAGAGGGACAUUCUCCUCUGGCCCGCCACCUUCCACCGGGACACAGGACAUCUCCACAGGAAUGCCCGGGCUCUCCACCUCCCCAAGCAUGACAGAAGCUAUAGAAGGGACCCUCACCACGCCAGCAGGUCAGCCCGAGGCUACUUCGCAGGGCACAACUCCCUUGGACACAUGGACCACCGCCUCCAGCCCAGGCACUCAAGGUUUCACACACUCACAGGUGACAACUCAUGGGAGCAAAGGACCCGAGGAUGUGUCAAGGACAAGUCCUCCCUUUGUGGAGACAAGCAGCUCUCCUUCCCUGGAAUCGGCUCCUAGCACAGUCUCCCCUUCCAGUGUUUCUUCUCCUACAAGACCUGAGAGCGGUUCCUCCCCUCCUCCUCUGGUCACCUCCGCUUGGACCUCUGGCCUGCUUCAGGCCACUGACGCCUUGGGCACCAGCGUGGAUCCCGGAACCCAUUCCACUCCACAUUUGAGCGAGAGCACAGAGCAGAGCCUGGACUCCUGGGCCCCCUCCACAGGUGCAGAGGCAGUUCACCUCUCCACACACACAGCUGAGACCAGUGUGGGGACCACCAGUUUUGGACAGGAGACACAUUCCUCUGCGCCAGGUGAGUCAGGGCCUCCCGAAGUGACUUCUCCCGUGGUUACCCCUUCCAUCACGAAGGAAACCAGAGUUUCCGCACCAGUGCCUGGCUCUUCUGAAACCACUUGGUCUGCGACAGAGUCGGCAUCCUCCACGAGCCACGGCCUGGGUGAGACCAGCCCCUCGCAACCCUUGAGCUCAUCCGCGGAGACAGUGCCCGUCUCUUCCCAAGUGCCCACUGACGCUGUUACUGAGGUCGCCAGGACAGAAGGCGUGUCCUCCAGAGGGACAUUCUCCUCUGGCCCGCCGCCCUCCACCGGGACACAGGACAUCUCCACAGGAAUGCCCGGGCUCUCCACCUCCCCAAGCAUGACAGAAGCUAAAGAAGGGACCCUCACCACGCCAGCAGGUCAGCCCGAGGCUACUUCGCAGGGCACAACUCCCUUGGACACAUGGACCACCGCCUCCAGCCCAGGCACUCAAGGUUUCACACACUCACAGGUGACAACUCAUGGGAGCAAAGGACCCGAGGAUGUGUCAAGGACAAGUCCUCCCUUUGUGGAGACAAGCAGCUCUCCUUCCCUGGAAUCGGCUCCUAGCACAGUCUCCCCUUCCAGUGUUUCUUCUCCUACAAGACCUGAGAGCGGUUCCUCCCCUCCUCCUCUGGUCACCUCCUCUUGGACCUCUGGCCUGCUUCAGGCCACUGACGCCUUGGGCACCAGCGUGGAUCCCGGAGCCCAUUCCACUCCACAUUUGAGCGAGAGCACAGAGCAGAGCCUGGACUCCUGGGCCCCCUCCACAGGUACAGAGGCAGUUCACCUCUCCACACACACAGCUGAGACCAGUGUGGGGACCACCAGUUUUGGACAGGAGACACAUUCCUCUGCGCCAGGUGAGUCAGGGCCUCCCGAAGUGACUUCUCCCGUGGUUACCCCUUCCAUCACGAAGGAAACCAGAGUUUCCGCACCAGUGCCUGGCUCUUCUGAAACCACUUGGUCUGCGACAGAGUCGGCAUCCUCCACGAGCCACGGCCUGGGUGAGACCAGCCCCUCGCAACCCUUGAGCUCAUCCGCGGAGACAGUGCCCGUCUCUUCCCAAGUGCCCACUGACGCUGUUACUGAGGUCGCCAGGACAGAAGGCGUGUCCUCCAGAGGGACAUUCUCCUCUGGCCCGCCGCCCUCCACCGGGACACAGGACAUCUCCACAGGAAUGCCCGGGCUCUCCACCUCCCCAAGCAUGACAGAAGCUAUAGAAGGGACCCUCACCACGCCAGCAGGUCAGCCCGAGGCUACUUCGCAGGGCACAACUCCCUUGGACACAUGGACCACCGCCUCCAGCCCAGGCACUCAAGGUUUCACACACUCACAGGUGACAACUCAUGGGAGCAAAGGACCCGAGGAUGUGUCAAGGACAAGUCCUCCCUUUGUGGAGACAAGCAGCUCUCCUUCCCUGGAAUCGGCUCCUAGCACAGUCUCCCCUUCCAGUGUUUCUUCUCCUACAAGACCUGAGAGCGGUUCCUCCCCUCCUCCUCUGGUCACCUCCGCUUGGACCUCUGGCCUGCUUCAGGCCACUGACGCCUUGGGCACCAGCGUGGAUCCCGGAACCCAUUCCACUCCACAUUUGAGCGAGAGCACAGAGCAGAGCCUGGACUCCUGGGCCCCCUCCACAGGUACAGAGGCAGUUCACCUCUCCACACACACAGCUGAGACCAGUGUGGGGACCACCAGUUUUGGACAGGAGACACAUUCCUCUGCGCCAGGUGAGUCAGGGCCUCCCGAAGUGACUUCUCCCGUGGUUACCCCUUCCAUCACGAAGGAAACCAGAGUUUCCGCACCAGUGCCUGGCUCUUCUGAAACCACUUGGUCUGCGACAGAGUCGGCAUCCUCCACGAGCCACGGCCUGGGUGAGACCAGCCCCUCGCAACCCUUGAGCUCAUCCGCGGAGACAGUGCCCGUCUCUUCCCAAGUGCCCACUGACGCUGUUACUGAGGUCGCCAGGACAGAAGGCGUGUCCUCCAGAGGGACAUUCUCCUCUGGCCCGCCACCUUCCACCGGGACACAGGACAUCUCCACAGGAAUGCCCGGGCUCUCCACCUCCCCAAGCAUGACAGAAGCUAUAGAAGGGACCCUCACCACGCCAGCAGGUCAGCCCGAGGCUACUUCGCAGGGCACAACUCCCUUGGACACAUGGACCACCGCCUCCAGCCCAGGCACUCAAGGUUUCACACACUCACAGGUGACAACUCAUGGGAGCAAAGGACCCGAGGAUGUGUCAAGGACAAGUCCUCCCUUUGUGGAGACAAGCAGCUCUCCUUCCCUGGAAUCGGCUCCUAGCACAGUCUCCCCUUCCAGUGUUUCUUCUCCUACAAGACCUGAGAGCGGUUCCUCCCCUCCUCCUCUGGUCACCUCCGCUUGGACCUCUGGCCUGCUUCAGGCCACUGACGCCUUGGGCACCAGCGUGGAUCCCGGAACCCAUUCCACUCCACAUUUGAGCGAGAGCACAGAGCAGAGCCUGGACUCCUGGGCCCCCUCCACAGGUGCAGAGGCAGUUCACCUCUCCACACACACAGCUGAGACCAGUGUGGGGACCACCAGUUUUGGACAGGAGACACAUUCCUCUGCGCCAGGUGAGUCAGGGCCUCCCGAAGUGACUUCUCCCGUGGUUACCCCUUCCAUCACGAAGGAAACCAGAGUUUCCGCACCAGUGCCUGGCUCUUCUGAAACCACUUGGUCUGCGACAGAGUCGGCAUCCUCCACGAGCCACGGCCUGGGUGAGACCAGCCCCUCGCAACCCUUGAGCUCAUCCGCGGAGACAGUGCCCGUCUCUUCCCAAGUGCCCACUGACGCUGUUACUGAGGUCGCCAGGACAGAAGGCGUGUCCUCCAGAGGGACAUUCUCCUCUGGCCCGCCGCCCUCCACCGGGACACCAGACAUCUCCACAGGAAUGCCGGGGCUCUCCACCUCCCCAAGCAUGACAGAAGCUAUAGAAGGGACCCUCACCACGCCAGCAGGUCAGCCCGAGGCUACUUCGCAGGGCACAACUCCCUUGGACACAUGGACCACCGCCUCCAGCCCAGGCACUCAAGGUUUCACACACUCACAGGUGACAACUCAUGGGAGCAAAGGACCCGAGGAUGUGUCAAGGACAAGUCCUCCCUUUGUGGAGACAAGCAGCUCUCCUUCCCUGGAAUCGGCUCCUAGCACAGUCUCCCCUUCCAGUGUUUCUUCUCCUACAAGACCUGAGAGCGGUUCCUCCCCUCCUCCUCUGGUCACCUCCGCUUGGACCUCUGGCCUGCUGCAGGCCACUGACGCCUUGGGCACCAGCGUAGAUCCCGGAACCCAUUCCACUCCACAUUUGAGCGAGAGCACAGCGCAGAGCCUGGACUCCACAGGGCUGCCAACAGGAGGGACAGAGAGGGCACAGAUCACCACCACAGCGACCUUGACCACCAGAGCAUCUACUUCCUCUUUGGAAAUGCUGACUUUCCUCAGGACAUCAAGUAAAAUGGCCAGCGCAAGCACAACAGGAGUGAUGAUCACAACCCCAGGUGUUUCCCAUGAUAUGUUAGAGAUGACAUCCUUCUUGGCCACCAGACCUGGAGUAGGGACCAGCACCGCAGUUUCCAGGACAACGCCACCCAUGUUCAGUAGAAGACCAGCAACCAUACCUGCACCAGUCUUUAGUUCUUGGACAAAGACCAGCACUGCUGUUCCAACUCUGAUCAUUUCCCCUGGUGAACCAGAUACAACACCCUUGAUGGCCACCAGUCCUGGGACAGAAACGAGUUCAACUGUUCUGGCUACAACUGUCCAACCUGUUGUAUCAGAGGUGGUGACCUCACAGGCUACUAGUUCUGGGGCAGAUACCAGCACAACUUUUCCAAUUUCAAUAAUUUCCCCAGAUCAACUGGAGACAACACCUUCAUGGACCACCUAUUAUGGGACAGAAGUCAGGUCAGCUGUUCCAACUAGGACUGAUUCCUCUGGUGAGCCACAUACAACAGUCUUACUUGUCACCCAUACUGCAAAGACCAAGACAACCCCCAGUGUUUCCCCUAGUGAAUCAGAACCGACACUCUCAGUCGCCACCGACUUUGGGACAGAAACCAGUUCAGCUCUUCCAACUCUGACUGUCUCUUCUGGUGUACCAGAUAUGAUGACCUCACAGGUCACUAGCUCUGAGACAGAUGCCAGUACAGCUGUUCCAAGUCUGACUCUUUCUCCAGGUGCACCAGCAACCACAGCCUCAUUGGCCAAUUAUCCUGGAGUACAGACCAGUUCAGCCAUUCCAUCUCCAACUGUCUCUUUUACUGUCCCAGGGCUGGUGACCUCACUCGUUACCAUUUCUGGGGCAGAGACCAAUACAAUUCUUCCAACUCUGACUGAUUCCUUACAUGAACUAGAGACCACGGACUCAUGGGUUAUCUCUUCUAGGACAGAAGCCAGUUCCAUUGUUCCAACUUCAACUGUCUCCCCUGGUGAGACAGAUACAACAGCCUCCUGGAUCCAUUCUGCAGGGACCAACACACCUGUUUCCAGAACAAUUCCAAAUUUUUCCCAUAGUGAAUCAAAUAGCACGCCUUCAACUGCUAUUAGUCAUAGGGCAGAAGAUAGUUCAGCCAUUCCAACUACAACUAUCUUCCCUGGUUUACCAGGGAAUGAUACCUCAUUGGUUUCUGGUUAUGGAGGAGAAACAAGUACAACUUUUCCAACUAUGACUGAUUUCCCACAUGAACCAGAGACCACCGCCUCAUGGAUCACCCAUCCUGCAAAUACCAGCCCAAUUUUCCCCAAAACAACUCCCCAUAUUUCCCAUAAUGAAUCAGACAGCACUCCCUUGAUGGCCACCAGUCCUCCAGCUACAACUGUCCAAACUGUUGAACCAAAGGUGGUGACCUCACAGGCUACUAGUUCUGGGACAGAGACCAGCACAACUUAUUCAAUUUUGACUAAUUCCCAAGUUCAUCUGGAGACCACAGCCUCAUGGGUCACCCAGUUUGAAACAGAAGCCAGGUCAGCAGUUCCAACUCUGAUUGUGUCCCCUGGUGAGCCAAAUGCAACAGUUUCCAUGGUCACCCAUCCUUCAGAGACCAGCCCAAUUGUUUCCCAAACGACUUUCAAUUUUCCCCAUAGUGAAUUAGACAGCACAAUCUCAAUGGUCACCAUUCCUGGGGCAGAAUCCAGUUCACCUGUUCCAGCUACAACUGUCCAACCUGUUGUGCCAGAGGUGGUGACCUCACAGGCUACUAGUUCUGCGGCAGAGACCAGCACAACUUUUCCAACUUUGACAAUUUCCCCAGAUCAACUGGAGACCACACCCUCAUGGACCACCCAUUAUGGGACAGAAGUCAGGUCGGCUGUUCCAACUCAGACUGAUUCCUCUGGUGAGCCACAUACAACAGUCUUACUUGUCACCCAUCCUGCAGAGACCAGCCCAACAGUGUCCAAGACAACCCCCAGUGUUUCCCCUAGUGAAUCAGAAUCCACACUCUCAGUGGCCACUGACUUUGGGACAGAAACCAGUUCAGCUCUCCCAACUCUGACUGUCUCUCCUGGUGUACCAGAUAAGGUGACCUCACAGGACACUAUUUCUGAAACAGAUGACAGCACUGUUAUUCCAACUCUGACUCUUACUGUUGGUGAACCAGAGACUACAGCCUUAUUGGUCACCCACCCCAGUACAGAGACAAGCACAAAUUUUCUUGCUUCAACUAUUUUUCCUCAUUUACCAGAUACCACAGCCUCACUAUCCAUCCAACCUGGGAUGGACCUCAGCACAACUAUUUCAACUUCAACUCUUUUCCAUGGUUCAUCAGACUCCACAAGCUUACUGGCCACCAGCCCUGCAUCAGAGGCCAGUACAGGUCUUCCAUCUCUGACUGUUUCCCCUGCUGUUCUUGAGCCUGCCAGUACCCCUGCAACCACGGGUGAGCCUUAUACUGUGGCUUCCUGGAGCACAAUAACCUCGCCACCUACAACCUCAGUUGGUCUCCCAGAAUUUUCUAACGCUGUGACUGGAGGCACUGUGACCUUGACUGCAGCUAAAAGCAGCGCAGAAGGACUAAGUCCAACCACUAUCCUGAAAACUACAACUCUUGCAGCCACUAAAUUAGCUGCCACAGGUUCAGACCGCACUGUGGCCGAGACUACAGCCACUUUCAGUACACUGUCUGAAAGUUCCUUUGUCCCUGUGACCACACCGGAGAUGUCCACCGUGACCUAUGUGAGUGUGACUUCAAGAACAAGUAAGAAUAACAUUUUUAUUCUAUCUAUGAAUGAUAUAUACUUAUCUGCAGUUCCUUUCUUGAUGCCUUUUAUUGUCAACUUCACCAUCACUAACCUGCGCUACACAGAGGACAUGGGAAACCUGGGCUCUGAGAUAUUCAAUGCCACUGAGAGGCACCUGCAGCGACUGCUGGGGCCCUUGUUCAAGAACAGCAUCGGUUCCCUCUAUGCCGGCUGCAGAUUGACCUUGCUCAGGGCUGAAAAGGAGGGAGCAAGCACCUCAGUGGGUGCGAUCUGUACCCACCACGCAGAUCCCACAGGCUUCCAGCUGGACAGAGAACAGCUGUACUGGGAGCUAAGCUGGCAGACCCAUGGUGUCACUCGGCUGGGCCCCUACACCCUGGACAGGAAUAGUCUCUUCGUCAAUGGUUAUAACCAGCGAUACUGGAUCCCCACCACCAGCAAUGUGGGCCCAGCCCCAGUGUCUUUCACCCUCAAUUUCACUAUCACCAACAUGCUCUACACUCCAGACAUGAGGCACCCAGGCUCUGCGAAGUUCAACUCCACUGAGAGGGCUUUGAAUCAUCUGCUUGGUCCUUUGUUCAAGAACACCAGCAUUGGCCUAGUGUACUCUGGCUGCCGACUGGCCCUGCUCAGGACUGAGAAAGAUGGGGCAUCAACUGGAGUGGACACCGUCUGCACCUACCAUCCUAACCCCAUAGGCCCUGGACUGAACAUAGAAGAGUUGUACCAGGAGCUGAGUCAGCUGACCCAUGGCGUCACCCUGCUGGGCACCUACACCCUGGACAGAGACAGUCUCUAUGUCAAUGGUUAUAAUCGUCGCAGCUGGACCCCUGCCACAAGCAGUGAGUAUUUGAAACUGAAACUUCAGUGCCCAGCAGACCCUUCUGCCCCAGAGUGCAUUUCUCAGGAGAAAGCUACUACUGUCCCCUACAAAGUUUCCAGCUUCAGCCUCAUAGCAGCCCCUAGCCCACCCAAACCAUCCCAGCCAGAGAUCAUAAUGAGUCCCCCUUCUUCCUUUCCCACUGCAGGUGUGAGCCCUUCUCUGGUGUCCUUCACCCUCAACUUCACCAUCACCAGCCUGCGCUACACAGAGGGCAUGGGGAACCCCGGAUCUGAGAUAUUCACCAACAUGGAGAGAAUCUUGAAUCGCCUGCUCAAACCAUUGUUCCAGAACAGCAGUAUUGGGCCCUUCUAUUUUGGCUGCAGAUUGACCUUGCUCAGGCCUGAAAAAAAUGGAACAACCACUGGAAUUGAUGCUGUCUGCACAUACCAUUCUGACUAUGUGGAUCCUAAGCUGGACAGAGAGCAGCUGUACUGGGAGAUGAGCUAUGGGACCCAUGGUGUGACCCAGCUGGGCUCCUUCACACUGGACAAGGACAGCCUCUACAUCAAUGGUUAUACCCAUCAGACCUCAGCUUCCACCCCCAGUGCAGCUGUUUCUUUCCUGGUGCCACUCACCCUCAACUUCACCAUCACCAACCUGCACUACGAGGAGGACAUGCAGCACCCUGGCUCCAGGAAAUUCAACACCACAGAGAGGAUCCUGCAGGGUCUGCUCAAAUCUGUGUUCAAGAAUAGCAGUCUGAGAUUACUCUAUGCAGGCUGCAGACUAGCCUCGCUCAGCUCUGAGAAGGACGGGGCAGCCACCAGAGUGGAUGUCAUCUGCACUCAUCGCCCUGACCCUGAAGGUCCUGGACCGGACAGAGAGCAGCUGUACUGGGAGCUGGGACGGCUGACCCAUGGAAUCACCAGGCUGGGACCCUACACGCUGGACAGGGACAGCCUCUAUGUCAAUGGUUUCACCCAUCAGAGCUCCACACUCAUCAUCAGCACUCCUGGGACAUCCACAGUUGACCAAGAGAACUUUGGGACUCCAUCUUCAUUCUCUAGCCCCAAAGCAACAAGCCCUACCCUUGUGUUGUUUACCCUCAACUUUACCAUCACAAACCUGCCAUACGUGCCAGACAUGGGGCACCCAGGAUCUGCAAAGCUAAACAUGACAGAAGCGGUCCUGCAGUCCAUUCUUGGUUCUUUGUUCAAGAACACCAGCAUCGGCCCACUGUAUUCCAACUGCAGACUGACCUCACUCAGGCCAGAGAAGGAUGGAUCAGCCACCAGAGUAGAUGCCAUCUGCACCUACCACUCUGAGUCCCCAAGCACUAGGCUGGACAGAGAGCAGCUAUACAGAGAGCUGAGCCAUGAAACCCAUGGUAUCACCUUGCUGGGCUCCUUCACACUGGACAGAAACAGCCUUUAUGUCAAUGGUUACACCCGUCAGGCCCUGACCUCUACCUCCAGCAUUGCUAUGGCCUCCACCACGUCUCCAGCAACUUCAGCGACCCCAGUACCAGUCUCCAUAGGCACUGUUCCUGCCCUGGUGCCAUUCACUCUCAACUUCACUAUCACUAACUUGCACUAUGAGGAGGACAUGGGUCGCCUUGGUUCCUGGAAGUUCAACAGCACUGAAAGAGUUCUGCAAGGCCUGCUGAGAAUCUUGUUCAAGAAUAGCAGUGUGGGCCCCCUCUACUUGGGCUGCAGACUGACCACGCUAAGGCCCAAGAAGGACAAGACAGCCACUGGAGUGGAUGUCGUCUGCACACAUCACCCUGACACUGUGGGCCCUGGGCUGGACAGGGAACGGCUGUACUGGGAGUUGAGCCAACUGACCUAUGGUGUCACUAGGCUGGGCCCCUACACCCUGGACCAGGAAAGUCUCUACAUCAAUGCUGCUGGCCCUGCCCUCAUGUCCUUCACCCUCAACUUUACCAUCACCAACCUGCACUACACGGAGGACAUGCAGCCAGGCUCUGCGAAGUUCAACUCCACAGAGUCAAUUCUACAGUAUCUGCUUGAGCCCCUGUUCACCAACAGCAGCAUUGGUUCACUCUACACUGGCUGCAGACUGACCACACUACGGCCUGACAAGGGUGAAACAGCCACUGGAGUUGAUGCCAUUUGUACCUACCAUCCUGACCCUGCAGGCCCCGUGCUGGAUAGGGAGCAGCUCUACUGGGAGCUGAGCCAUCAGACCCAUGGUGUCACCUGGCUUGGUCCCUACAUCCUAGACAGGGAUCAUCUCUAUGUCAAUGGUUACACCAGACCAGUCUUGACAUCCAUCCCUAGUGUGUCUAUGACUUCUACACCCUCCUUGAGAAACUCAUUGGCUCCAAUCUCCUUCUCCAGUUCUACAGUCUCUUUCCUUGCCCUGGUGCCAUUCACCCUUAACUUCACCAUAACAAACCUGCACUACAUGAAGGACAUGCAACAUCCAAGCUCAGUGAAGUUCAACAAAAUAGAAAAGAUCCUGCAGCACCUGCUCAGAUCCUUGUUUAAGAACACCAGUAUCAGCCUCCUCUACUCCAGCUGUCGACUCACCUUGCUCAGGCCUGAGAGAGAUGGAGCAGCCACCAGUGUGGACAUAGCCUGCAACUACCGUCCUGACCCUGCAGGCCCCGGGCUGGACAGAAAGCAGCUGUACAGGGAGCUGAGCCAGCUGACCCAAGGUGUCACCAAGUUGGGUCCCUACACCCUGGACCAGGACAGUCUCUAUGUCAAUGGAUCAUGGCCUCAGUCCCUGCCCCCUACAUCCAUCCCAGGCCUGACUCAGUAUGGGCUCUCCUCUCCCUCCCCUGUUGCAGCCACAGGACCACCCCUGGUGCCUUUUACCCUCAACUUCACCAUCACUAACCUGCAGUACAUAGAUGACACGUGGCCUCCAGGCUCCUUGAAAUUCAAUACCACCGAGAAGUUCCUGCAGCGCCUGCUCAAGGCCUUGUUCAAGAAUACUAGUGUGGGCACCCUCUACUCAGGCUGCAGACUGACCCGCCUCAGGCCCAAGAAGGAAGGGACAGCCACUGGAGUGGACAUCGUCUGCACACACCGCCCUGACCCUGUGGUUCCCGGGCUGGACAGGGAGCGGCUGUACUGGGAGCUGAGCCUGCUGACUGGUGGUUUUACCCAGUUGGGCCCCUACACCCUAGACCAGGACAGUUUCUACAUCAACGGUUACACCCAUUUGUCAUCAGCCACCACCCCCAAUAUGGCCACUGCCCCCACCCUGGUGUUCUUCACCCUGAACUUCACCAUCACCAACCUACACUACACAGAGGACAUGGGGCACCCAGCUUCCUUGAAGUUCAAUUCCACUGAGAGGGUCCUACAGCAGCAGUUGCGGCUCUUGCUCGGUAAGACCAGUGUCGGCCCCCUCUUCUCAGACUGCAGACUGGCCUCGCUCAGGGCUGAGAAACAUGGAGCAGGCACUAGUGUGGACAUUGUCUGCACCCACCACUCUGACCAUGCGGGUCCCAGGCUGGACAGAGAGCAGCUGUACUGGGAGCUGAGCCAUGAGACCCACGGUGUCACCCGGCUGGGGGCCUUCACCCUGGACAGGAACAGCCUUCACGUCAAUGCUGCGGAGGUCAGUGAGGAGCCUUUCACACUGAAUUUCACCAUCAACAACCUGCGCUACUCAGCAGACAUGAGCCAUCGGGGCUCCCUCAAGUUCAACAUCACAGACACCCUCAUGCAGCAUCUGCUCAGCCUGUUGUUCAGGAGGAGCAGCCUUGGUCCCCGAUAUGCAGGUUGCAAGGUCACCUCGCUAAGGUCUGUGAAGAAUGGCGCCAAGACAGGGGUGGACUUUCUCUGCACCUACCGCCAGCCUCCCAGCGGCCCAGGUCUGCCUGCCAAGCAGCUGUUCCAUGAGCUGAGCUGGCAAACCCGUGGCAUCACUCGGCUGGGCCCCUACUCUCUGGAUAAGGACAGCCUCUACCUCAAUGGUUAUAAUGAACGUGGUCCAGAUGAGCCUCCUACAACUCCUGAACCAGCUACCACGGUCCUGCCCACUUUGUCAUCACCUGUGCAACCAGAAGCAACCACAGUUCUGUUGUACAACUUGGAGACCCUCACACUCAACUUUUCCAUCUCCAACCUCCAGUAUUCAGUAGACAUGGGCAGUGGCUCAGCCAUGUUCAACUCUACUCAGAGUAUCCUGCAGUACCUGCUCAGAUCCUUGUUUAUGAAGAGCAGUCUGGGCCCCUACUACUCGGGUUGCAGACUGAUCUCCCUCAGGCCUGAGAAAGAUGGGGCAGCCACCAGGGUGGAUGUCAUCUGCACCUAUCACCCUGACCCCUUGAGCGCCGGGCUAGACAGAAAUCGACUUUACUGGGAGCUGAGCCAGCUGACUCACAGUGUCACCCAGAUGGGUCCCUAUACCCUGGUCAGGGGCAGCCUCUUUGUCAAUGGCUAUGCCCCACAGGAUUUAUCUAUUCAGAGUGAGUACCAGCUAAAUUUCCGCAUCAUCAACUGGAACCUCAGCAACCCAGACCCCAUGUCCUCUGAGUACACCUCCCUGCUGAGGGACAUCCAGGACAAGGUCACCAAACUCUACAGAGGCAGCCAGCUAGGAGAUGCAUUCUACUCCUGCCUGGUUACUGACUUGAAGCUGGGCUCCGUGACAGUCACUAUCCAAGAACUGUUCUCCUCCAGUAUAGACCCGGGAAUGGUGAAACAAGUUUUUCUAGACAAGACCCUCAAUGCUUCAUCCCACUGGCUGGGUGCCACCUACCAUUUGGCAGAUAUUCAAGUGACAGAACUGGAGGCAUCAGUUCAUCUGCCAACAGACAAACCAACAAGCAGUCCUAGCCCUCAGCACUUCCAUCUGAAUUUCACUGUCACCAAUCUACUCUAUGUUCAGGACAUAGGCCUACCAGGCACCACCACACACCAGCGGAACAAAAGAAGCAUGGAGAAUGCGCUCAACCAGCUCUUCCGAAACAGCAGCAUCAGGAGUUAUUUUUCUGACUGUCAAGUUACAGCAUUCAGGUCUGUCCCCCACAACAACCACACUAGGGUGGACUCCCUGUGCCACUUCUCACCAUUGGCACAGAAAAUGGACAGAGUUGCCAUCUAUGAAGAAUUCCUGCAGCUGACUCAGAAUGGCACCCAGCUACAGGACUUUACCCUGGACAGGAACAGUGUGCUAGUGGAUGGGUAUUCUCCAAACAGACCUGAUGCCCUGUCUGGGAAUUCUGAUUUCCCCUUUUGGGCCAUCAUCCUCUUCUGCUUGGCGGGACUCUUGGUCGUCACCACGUGCCUGAUCUGCUGUUUCCUGGUAAGCGAGGAAGUGAUGCUUGUCUUCUUGCUAUUGGGUUGUAAGAGUGUUUUAUAUACAGUUACCGUGUGCCUGCGGAAGAAAGAGGGAGAUUUUGAGAUUCAGCAAUGAUGCCCGUACCUGCCACACCUAGACCUGAGGAAGCUGCAAUGACUAGAUCUGCCUGAGGCCCUGUUCCCAUCCAGGGCCCAAAGGAGCUUGGCUGGACCAGAAAUCAACCACACUGAUCUGUCACAUUCUCUGGGCCCUUUUUAACAUGGCCCGUCUGGUUCGCAGGAAACUAAGAUACAAUUCUUCUCCUUCAUUAAGUCCUGAAGGCAACUGCUAGUUCCGGCUUGUCUUGUGGUUUCAUAUCCCUUUAUCCCUCAGGAACUCCAGAAUUGGCUAAACUGGAGCAGAAAUUGCCGCAGUAUAAAAUCAUCCUCUUCAGCGCCAGGUUUCCCUUCUUAGGAAACUUUGCAGCACACCUCCCCUGGCCUGUGUCAGCAACCACACUUAUCUCUGUGCCUCCAUUUUCCCACCCCCAAAGCCUAGGCAUCUCAAGUGCCCUUUGCACUACUUCAUUCCCUGAAGUUCAAACUCACCAGGACUUCCAGAUCAACCUGCCUUUCUGGAGCCCCUUUCCUCAUGGUUCUCCAAGAUGGAAAGUAGACCAGGAUGGAAGGAAUGGCUUAGAUAUGACUGCAUUCAGCCCUGGGACUUGGAACCUGAGAUGACAAGAAAUCUAAGAAGACUGAAUCCAGAGUAACACUCAGACCUUAGAAAUACAGUGUCUGCUUUGGAAGUGCAGGUGAAUAAAACUCAGGUGGAAAAUAUGAGAGAAUGAGUCUUUUUUCAUAUUUCUCUGCACAGAAUCCAACAAGCCAGAUAUAGCAGGAGCUCCCCAAAAGAAGC